AUGCCUUCAAAGCCUGAAGAGAAUGGCACUCCUCUCCUGGAUGUCGAACCUCGAGAUGUCGAGCGUGGCCGGUUUGAGGAUGAUGUCGCCUUACAUCCUCCGCCUCCGAAGCCCAUCACCGGUGCCGGGAGGAAAUUCCUCAUCUGGACGGCCAUCAACAUGUCGGCAACAAUUGGCAUAGUGUUUACCAAUAAAGCCAUCUUCAACGACCCUGCAUUCAAGAUGAUGCAGACGUCUUUUGCCUCCUUCCAUUUUGUGUGUACAGGCUUGACCUUGUACAUCGUGUCACGCAAGAGUAUAGGGGCCUUUGUUCCGAAACGCGCUGGCUUGGUGGAAAUGCUUCCUCUCGCUUUCGCAAUGUGCCUGAACGUUGUUCUCCCUAAUCUCUCGCUGGCCUUCUCAACCGUCAUGUUCUAUCAACUGUGUCGCGUUCUCCUCACGCCUCUGACGGCCAUCAUCAACUAUGUCUUCUAUGCGGCCACCAUCCCCCGGAACGCCGCCCUGGUACUUAUCCCCGUCUGCUUGGGUGUUGGUAUCACUACCUUUUAUGACACGAAGCCCUCCGCCGAUCAAAAUGUCCAAACCACCAGCAUUCUUGGGGUGAUAUUUGCCUUGUCCGGUGUCUGCGCGUCCUCGGUCUACACGGUCCUGAUUGGCGCUUACCACAAGAAACUCCAAAUGUCGUCCUCCCAGCUUCUUCUGAACCAGGCCCCCAUUUCCAGCGUCAUGCUCCUAUUUGCCAUCCCGUUCGUGGAUCGCAUCCCGGUCAUCGGCGACGUUCCGAUGUAUCGAUGGUUAAUGAUAUUGAUGAGUGGAGGGUUCGCCUCCCUGAUCAAUAUCUCCCAAUUCUUCAUUGUGAAUAGUUCGGGUCCGGUCAGCAGUACGGUUGUGGGGCAUCUGAAGACAGUCUCUAUUGUGAGCAUUGGGUGGGCAUUCAGUGGGAGAUCGGUAACGGACAAAAGUCUUUUGGGUAUUUUUAUGACGGUUGGGGGGAUCAUCGGGUAUUCAUAUUUCAUGCUGAAGAAUCAGAAGAGGUGA